AUCAGACACAAUGUAUGAACCACAACAGCAUUUGCCCACACCAAGCGAUUUUAAUUUUCCAUUUCCUCCCUAUGAAAUACAACAACAAUUGAUGACCGAACUCUAUAAGGUGCUGGAAAAUAAAGAGAUUGGUAUAUUUGAAAGUCCAACAGGAACGGGAAAAUCGUUAACACUGACAUGUGCUGCCCUCAAGUGGUUGGAAGAUCAUGAGGCCUUAAUAAGAAAGGAACUUUUGCAGCGUUUAGAGAAGAUCACCAAAGAUGUAGAAAAAUUGGAAAAAGAACAAAAUGUGGCCAGCGAUUGGAUAUCGAUGCAUUCCAAGACAUCGGAACAAAAACAAGAACUGCUGGAAUUGAAGGGUAUUAAAAAGCUGCUGGAUGAAUAUGAAGAUCGAUUGAAAGUGAUUAAGGAAAAACGCAAAAUUCUCAAACAACAAAAGAGGGCAAGUGGGCAGAAAACAAAGAAAACCUCCUCCUCCCUAUCAGCAGUUGAUGGUGUGGCAAAGGAAGAUAUUUUGGAUCAGCAAAAUGUCAUACUCGAAGAGGCUAAUAAUAGUGAUGCUGAUGAUGAUGACGAGGAUGAAGACUUGGAAAAACCCAUGAAAUAUCGUGAUGUACAAAUAUUCUUUUGCAGUCGUACCCAUACCCAAUUGGCCCAAGUGGUAAAGGAGGUGAAGCGUACGGUGUAUGGAGAACGUGUACGUUGUGUCUCAAUGGCGUCACGCCAACAAUUGUGUAUACACAAAGAUUUACGUAAAAUCACAAAUACCGCCCUAAUUAAUGAACUCUGUUUGGAUAUGGCCAAGAACACGAACAGCAAAGUAACCUCGUGCGAUGGCGAUGGCUGUGCCAAAAAGAAGUCCCGCAUCAAUAUGAAAUCGAUGGGCAAGUGUUCACAUAAAUCACAAGCUCUUGUUCAGGAGCUGAGUGAAUUAUCUCUGGCAGAAAUUCUUGAUAUUGAAGAUUUGGUGAGCGAAGGCGAAGAGUUGAAGGCAUGUCCAUAUUAUGCAGCCCGAAUGGCAAUACAAAUGGGACAACUGGUUAUGUUACCCUAUCAGCUGCUGUUGCACAAACGUAGUCGUGAGCUGGCUGGCAUUGAUUUGCGCGGAUCGAUUGUCAUCAUUGAUGAGGCCCACAACUUAUUGGAUUGUAUAUCGGAUAUAUACAGUUGUGAGAUUUCGUUGGCCCAACUACAAUCGGUGCAGCAUCAAAUUGUCGCAUAUAAAAUGAAAUAUGCUUCGCGUUUUAAUUCGGCAAAUCUGCUAUCCAUAAACCGAUUAAUAUUUGUCAUCAAAAGGCUGGUCAAAUUACUAACAGCACCCGCUGCCACUCUCACCGAGGCCAGUGAAAAAUCAAAUAAAUUUCGUAUGCUCUGCACCUAUGAACUGAUGUCCGAAGGUGAUUUCUUCAAUAUCGAUCUUUUCGAAUUACUCAAAUUCUGUGAGCGUACACGAUUUGCCCAGAAAUUACAGGGUUUUGCUAAGACCCUAACAAUGGAACCAAAACCAAGUGAAAAUCAACCUCCUGCUCCUCACGCAGCAACAGCAGCAGGUGGAGGAAAAGCUGCUGCCGUUGGUCUUCUCAAGCGUUUGCAACAUAAUCAUGAGGAGAAACUCAUGAAAUCAUCAAAUAAAACGAAAAAGCAAGAUGUCGGGGGAGAUGUGAAAGUUUCACAAAAUCCGUCAGAGGAGAAAAAACAAACACCCGCCAUAUUAACAUCUUCUUUAAGACCCCUAUUGGCAUUUCUUGAAGCUCUCUGUGAAAAAGCUGAUGAUGGUCGUAUACUUGUCAAUGUGAGUAGUGAUGAAACGGCCCCAGCGGGAAAGUAUGACAUGCAACCUAGUUUGAAAUAUAUUCUACUACGUCCCGAAUCACAUUUUCAAGAUAUCGUUAAAGAGGCAAGAUCGAUUAUUGUUGCCGGUGGAACAAUGCAGCCAACUAACGAAUUGACGGAACAAUUAUUUAGCUCCUGUCCUGAGCGUAUAAAACAACAUUUCUACGAUCAUGUGGUGCCUGAUGAUGCCGUCUUGCCAUUUGUUGUUACCAAGGGACCAAGUGGUCGUAAUUUGUGUUUUAAUUUUCAACAGAGAUCAUCAACGGUUAUGCUUAACGAACUUUGUAGUGUUUUGGAAAAUCUGUGUAAUGUCAUACCCGCUGGCGUUGUGUGUUUCGUACCGUCAUAUGAUUAUCUGAAUAGUGUCUAUGAGCAAUUACAAAAAACUGGUAUUCUACAGAGGAUCUCAAAUAAAAAAAGGAUUUUUCGUGAACCACGCAGUGAUAAUCAGAGCUCAGGAGGUGGUUCUGGUGUUGGUGGUUCCGCUGUUGAACAAAAUAUUGAACAAAUUUUGUCGGAAUAUAGUCGUGUCAUUAAAAAUCAACAGGGUGGUGGUGGUGCCUUAUUGCUAAGUGUUGUGGGUGGUAAACUUAGUGAGGGUCUCAAUUUUGCCGAUAAUUUGGGCCGUGGUGUUAUCGUUGUCGGUCUACCCUAUCCAUAUUGUAAUUCCCCAGAGAUACAAGAACGUAUGUCGCAUUUGGAUAAAACAUUGGGUGCCGGAUCCGGUGCCGAAUACUAUGAGAAUUUAUGUAUGAAAGCUGUUAAUCAAUGUAUUGGUCGUUCGGUACGUCAUAUUCGUGAUUAUGCCUGUGUCUAUUUGCUGGACGAAAGAUAUGCUCGUGAGAAUAUACAACGUAAGCUGCCGCAAUGGAUAUCACGGCAUUUACAAGUGGCCACCACAUAUGGUAAAGUUCAGGCUGGAACUGUGAAAUUUUUCAAACAAAAGAAAUUGAAAGGCGAGCAGGCGGAGGAAGAUGUGUAA